GGACUUUUUCUUCCCCGUUUGAAAAACUAAUGACAUUGACACUGACAGCGAUUGCAUGCACUACAAACGGACGAUAAAUGCCGGGCAUUGCUAGGUGGCGCGAUAACCUCCCUACCGAACUAUGUCGAAAUCGAGAACUUGAAAUCAUGCUACAUUUACGGAUACUUUGCCGUGCUAACAACAGAUCAACUGCACUAUUGGUAAAACCAGUGGGAAGCGGUUCCUUAUGCAUUCUGAAGAAUAAGUAUCUAUUGCACAAACGACGUUACAAUUCGUCACAUGAAAACUUUUCAAAAGAUGAACAUAAGAAGUACAUCGGAUGCAUUGGCGUGGUAUCGAUACUCGGAUUUUAUUAUUACUAUACAUCGAACAAGCGGAGAGCUUUUGCUCGGGAACAUAAAAUUGAGUCACACUCUGGACAAAGGUCUAGCCCCGGAGAAUUUGACUCGAGGUAUAAGUCAUAUACCUUGUCAGAGGUGGCUAAACACGACAAUAAGAAUGUUGGCAUUUGGGUGACCUACAAGCAAGGCGUCUAUGACAUAACAGAUUUUAUUGAGAAGCACCCUGGUGGUGCUGGAAAGAUAAUUAUGGCUGCUGGCGGCUCUAUUGAGCCGUUUUGGAUGAUCUUUUCAAAUCACAACAAGCGCGAUAUCUACGAUCUGUUGGAAUCAAUGCGAAUUGGAAAUAUUUCCAAGGAAGAAGCGUCAACUGCCGUUGAAGGGAUGGAGGAUCCUUACGCGAACGAUCCGCAGAGGCACAAGAUUUUAAUAAUAAAUAACCCGAAACCAUUCAAUGCAGAAACACCUGCACCGUUGUUAAUUGAGAGUUUUCACACACCCUCGGAUCUUUUCUAUGUUAGAAAUCACCUUCCAGUUCCUGAUGUAGAUCCUCAAACUUAUGAACUUGAAAUAGCGAUAGAAGAGGAUACCAUGAAAGUACUAAGGCUAGAUGACAUUAAGAAAUAUCCAAAGCACACUGUGAGCAGCACGAUAAUGUGCGCUGGUAACAGACGAUCGGAGAUGGCAAAGGUAAAGGCAGUAAAAGGACUGAGUUGGAGUGUCGGAGCUGUUGGGAAUGCAACGUGGUCAGGAGCUAAAUUGUGCGAUAUCUUAAACGAACUGAACGUCAAAGAGGAAGACUAUGAGCACAUACAAUUUGAAGGACUUGACUUGGAUCCUUCAAGCACACCUUAUGGUUCUAGUAUACCAAUAAGCAAAGCAAUAGACCCUAAAGGGGACGUUAUAUUGGCUUACGAAAUGAACGGAAAGCCUCUGCCCAGAGAUCAUGGAUUUCCUAUAAGAGUUGUUGUUCCUGGAGUGGUAGGAGCGAGGAAUGUAAAAUGGCUAGGUCGAAUCAUUAUCUCAAAGCACGAAAGUCAAUCACAAUGGCAGCAGGGUGACUACAAGGGGUUUUCACCAAGCACUGAUUGGGACACUGUUGAUUUCUCGAAAUCACCCGCGAUACAGGAAUUGCCAGUAAUUUCUGCAAUUUGUACUCCACAAUCUGGAGAUCAAGUUGUAGUUCAAAAUGGAAAAAUCAAAGUCGCAGGAUAUGCAUGGUCAGGUGGCGGCCAAAAAAUAGUUAGAGUCGAUGUGACCAUCGAUGGCGGUGACACCUGGCAUACAGCUGAGUUUUUUGGCCAAGAUUUAUCCAAACCUGGACGUCACUGGAGUUGGACGUUGUGGCAAGUUGAAAUCCCGGUCAAAGAAGGGGAUAAGAAUGUUGAAAUUUGGGCUAAGGCUGUAGAUUCGAUGUACAAUGUUCAGCCGGAAUCAUUUAAGAACAUCUGGAAUCUUAGAGGUGUACUGAAUAACGCUUAUCACAGAGUUAAAAUUGAUUUGAAAUAAAAAAAAACAAGUCAGAUGA